UCCAGUGGUCAGGACACUAAGCCAGGGUUUAUCGACCGUGGAGACAGAUGAGCUCGCUACAUCUCCAGUAGAGGAUCUCUGGUGUUAUUUAUUGUUAUUGAUUUCUACAUUGUUUUAAACCCCGAUGGCUGAAGCCCGGCGUGAAGAGGAGGAGGAGGAGGGGGAGCGCAGAGAUCUGCGGGACGUCCGGAACAGGAGCCAGGCAACAGAUCAUCCUGAAAGAACCAAGCCAGAGCAUUUACAUUCAAGCCAAGGGCCUCUGUCGUCUCUACGAGCUGCCAUCAAACGCACAAAAACAAACUCUCAGAGUGACCACACCAGAGAAAGAAGGCGACCUGAGAUCACCAUCGUCUCAGCAGAACCUCUGGUCAGUAACAACUGGUUCUCAGGAGCCUCUGUGGUUUUCCCUCGUCCUCCUCAGUCAAGCUGGUCUGCUGUUUCACUGCCCCCACCAUCCUAUGACCAGGUGAUUCAAGAGAAGACCCAGGAAGAGCACACUGUCAAGCCCACUGCAGCUCCCCGCCGGGCCACCUGCACCACCUCAAGUGCCACACAGACUGACCCUGUGAGGGAGGACGCCUCCACCUCUCCACAGUCAGCAGGGAAAAGACCUGCAGGUAAAAAGCCACAAAAACCACCACGGCCAUCAGUGCCAAAACCAGUGGAAGCACCAACCGACGAGAAGGCUGGAACAAAUACUCUCGUAUCCACAAACACUGAGGACCAAAGUGACUCCACGUCAGAUGUAAAGCAACCUAACCAAACAGAUUCCACUCACAGCUGCAGCAGAUCUGUCACUGUGCAUUGGGAUCUUCCUCCUGAACAUUUAUCUGUCCCUGCUGAAGCAACUCCAUCUAAUUCAGACUCAGAACGCACUCAACGCCCCGUUCCACUUCCUCGUACGAAAUCCCGAAAGCAGGUGACAACAGAAGAGGUCAAAGUCCAGACUUUGGUCAAGCUCAGUGAACAGUGUGACGACGUUCACCCUGAUCCAGAUGAGGUCUCUUCCAGUGAGUAUUUAAAGGAGUUAUUGGAGGUCUUUAGUGCAGAUAACCAUUGUGAGGAGAGCGGCGACAUCGUUGACCAAUCAGAUGAGGCCUCGCAAGACGAAGAUGCUGGUGACGAGAUGAACCCGACACACAGUCAACGCAAUAUCCGGGCCAGGAUCCAGGCCUUUGAGAGCCAGGCUAGCACCGAGGAGGGAAGCGUGGUUGAACCGGCCAAACCAGAACCUCGACCCAGGAAGGCGACCAACAGACCUCCAGUCGCUGCUAAACCGUCUGUCGCUCUUAAACCUCAGUUAAACCACAGUGUGGAUAAUGAUCAAAACGUAUCAGCUACAAACAUCCCUGAAAGCCCUACACCAGCCCCCAGACCUCAGCCCCCAAAGAAACCUGUGGGUCUACCUGUAAAAGAGGAACUAGAGACUUUAUUUAACAAGAACGCCUUCCCAAACAGAUCACGUCCCUCUGUGUUGACCAGAGCCAACAGCAUCCAUGAAGAGGACAGUCCGCCAGUUCCCCCUAUACCUCCAGCGAAGCCUGUAAAGGAACCUCUGAAACCCAACCUUAAUCUAAACAACCAUAACUCAGCCUCCAUGGUCACAGAGAAUGAGUAUGUGGACAGUCCAACAAAUCACAUCCCAGUCAAGCCUCAGCGUAAUGUGGACAGCAAUGGAGGCUCUCUCUCCAGACAAAGUAUGACACGGAGACCAACCACCAUCAGGGUCCCCAGCAAAAGUAGUUCAUUGUCAGAUAACUUUCAGGACAGUCCCCCUCCUCUUCCUGCUCAGAAGCCCGUCGGCUCCCUGAACACGUCAGUAAACCACAGACAAAACCAGACGCCCAUCCUCCCCCACCAGGAGUCUUUCCCGUUUGGGCCAGAGCCAUCGCUACCACCGCGGAGGCCGGGUUCAACCAAAACGCUCCCACCUCGCCCACCUCCAGCCAAAAUAGGCCCAGGAAGACCUCCCCCACCCAGUAUUCAAGCCAUAGGUCGAUCCCAGUCAGCACCAUGGCAAACUUCACCUAAACCCCAGGCGCAGAAACCCCACAGGAAAGUGCCCGUCUUACCUCCAAGGCCCAAUCCGGGCCACCGUCUCUACAACAAAUACACCCUUCAACUUCCUCAUGGCAUUGCCUCCUUCGAUUACAACGGGAGUAACACAGGAGAGCUGUCAUUUCAGAAAAAUGAAGUGCUUCUGCUGCUCGAGGAAAUUGACCACAACACCUUUGAGUGCCAAGUCGGAGACACCAAAGGCAGAGUCAACAAGUCUCGCAUGAAGGUCAUAACUCCUCUCGGCAACGUCUCAGACACGUCCCUGCCACAGGAUGUCAGUCCGGCUGGUUCAGGUGGAGCUGGAUAUGGGCUUAAGGUGCAGGCCAUAUUUGACUUCAACCCAGAGGGUCCAGGUGAGCUGGGUCUGAGAGCAGGGGAUGUCGUGACCAUGGUGGAGCAGGUGGACAGUGAGUGGUACAGAGGCACUUGUAGGGGAUCUACCGGUUUCUUUCCCGUCAGUCAUGUCAAAGUCCUGUCAAAUUCACCAAAGCCCCUCCCUGAACGGAAAGCGAAGCCACCACCUGCAACAGUCAGUGGCCCGAGAUGUGUGGCGAGGUUCGACUUUGAAGGUGAGAACAGUGACGAGCUGACGUUCUCCGAGGGGGAUGUGAUCCAGCUGAAGGCGUACAUUGGACAGGAGUGGGCUCGGGGACAGCGCGGUGCCUCGACCGGUAUCUUCCCUCUUAACUUUGUAGAGGUCAUUGAAGAUCUGCCUCUACAACCAAGUCAGCAGAAGAGACAGUCCAUCAGGAUAGCACUGCCUGGCAUGGUUGCUUCUCCGACUGUGCAAUCUGAAGUUACCAAACCUGCUCAGGCGUCUCAGUCCGGUGUGGAGUGGGCGGUGGCUCUGUACGACUAUAGCGGGAAUUCAGAAGAUGACCUGUCGUUUCAACAGGGCGACCGUAUCCUGAUCAGCCAGCACAUUGAUGCUGAGUGGAGCCGCGGUCAGCUCAAUGGCAGAGAGGGCAUGUUCCCCAGGGCUUUUGUUGAGAGCAGCGCAGCAGGCCAGCAGGCGGCUGCUGGUGUCAGAGGCAGAGCUCUGUUCAGCUUCACCUCAGACUGUGAUGAGGAGCUCUCACUGCAGGUUGGGGACAUUAUAACAGAUCUGGAGUCCAUUGAUAACGAAUGGUUCCUGGGUGACCUGAGAGGGAAACGGGCCCUGGUCCCCAAAAACUAUGUGCAAGUCCUGUGAUAGCGUCACAUGGCUUUAUGGACAGCAACAAAAGGACACUGUUGGAGGACCAGAACUGAGAUCUGAGGACAGAUGUUUUCAGCAGUGGAAUUAAACCGUCUUUAACUGGAAUGCAGUAUUUCAUCUCUGAGUAGUGCAACAUGUUUUUUCCAUCUGCUGGGUUAAGUUAAAGUGUUCACUGAAUAAUUUAUCAUGCUUAUAAAUAAACACGAGUAAAGCUG